AUGGCGGCGCCUGAGAAGAUGAUGUUUCCGGAGAAACCGAGCCACAAAAAGUACAGGGCCGCCCUGAAGAAGGCGAAACGAAAGAAACGACGGCAGGAACUGGCUCGAUUGAGGGACUCAGGACUCUCACAGAAGGAGGAGGAGGAUGCUUUUAUUGAAGAACAACACCUAGAAGAAGAGAAGCUGUUGGAGAUAGAGAGGCAAAAAUUACAUGAGGCAUGGUUACUUCGGGAGCAGAAGGCACAAGAAGAAUUCAGAAGAAAGAGGGAAAAGGAAGAGGCAGCUAGAAAACGGCAGGAAGAACAAGAGAGAAAAUUAAAGGAAGAAUGGGAAGAGCAGCAGAGAAAGGAGAGAGAAGAGGAGGAACAGAAACUACAGGAGAAGAGAGAGAGAGAGGAAGCUGUGCAGAAGAUGCUGGAGCAGGCUGAAAAUGAGUUGGAAAAUGGUGCCACAUGGCAAAACCCAGAGCCACCCGUGGACUUAAGGAUAAUGGAGAAAGAUCGAGCUAAUUGUCCAUUCUACAGUAAAACAGGAGCGUGCAGAUUUGGAGAUAGGUGUUCACGUAAACACAAUUUCCCAACCUCGAGCCCCACACUCCUUAUUAAAAGCAUGUUCACAACGUUUGGAAUGGAGCAGUGCAGAAGGGAUGACUAUGACCCGGAUGCCAGCCUAGAGUACAGUGAAGAGGAAACCUACCAGCAGUUCCUGGACUUCUAUGAUGACGUGCUUCCCGAGUUCAAGAACGUGGGGAAAGUGAUCCAGUUCAAGGUCAGCUGCAACUUGGAACCUCAUCUGAGGGGCAAUGUGUAUGUUCAGUAUCAAUCGGAAGAAGAAUGUCAAGCAGCCCUUUCCCUGUUUAAUGGACGAUGGUACGCAGGACGGCAGCUCCAGUGCGAAUUCUGCCCAGUGACCCGAUGGAAAAUGGCAAUUUGUGGUUUGUUUGAAAUACAACAGUGCCCACGAGGAAAACACUGCAACUUCCUGCAUGUGUUCCGAAAUCCCAACAAUGAGUUUUGGGAGGCCAACAGAGACAUCUACCUGUCUCCUGAUCGGACUGGCCCCUCCUUCGGUAAGGGCCCGGAGAGGAGAGACAGGACGGGCCACCACGAGGAGUACUAUGGGAGGCCCAGGAGGAGACGGAGCCCUAGCCCAUCGCACUCCUACAAGAGGAACGGGGAAGCAGAGAGGAAGAGGAGAAGCAGGCGCCGGGGCCAGAAGUCUCACAAACACAUGGCAAAGAGUCGCGAGAGGCACAGUUCAAGAAGUAGAGCAAGGAAAAGGGCCCGCAGCCGGGGCUGGGGCAGUGGGAGCCAGAGCUCCUCUAGGUCCAGGAGCCGCGGCAGGAGGAGGUCAGGCAGCAGAGACAGAACUCUUCAGAGCCCCAAAUGCAAAUAA